AUGAACGAUGAUUUCACGGACUACGAAGUUCUACAUAAUUAUUAUGAGGAUGAAGAAGAAUUUGCCUCACCAACUCCUUCACCUUUUCCCGAACCAGUUGCCAAUUCCUGGGAAGUUUCACAAGUCCAGGAGAAAGACCAGAGAUCAUUUCUCGAAGAAAAAACAGAUUCUUCUAAUCAAGUUCAACAAAAGCUCCAGUCGGAAGCGAUUUCUCUAUUAAAAGAGAUAAACAAACCUAGAGAAGAAAAGACAUACGCAACUCUGACGUGUGAACUUGUGCGACAGGAUAUGGAGUCCUUGCCGGAUUCAGAGCAGCGUGCUUUACGCAAAGAACUCUUUGAACUGGUCGAUCGAUUCGUUGCCCGAAAUCGUGAUCGAGGUGCAGACUAGGCGGCAUUAUUUUAUGUUUAAAAAAAGCUUUCUGUGAAAACCAUACACAUUUAUGGAUUUAUUUUUUUUUACCACAAAUGUGUUCCAAGCAAUGAAAAUUUUGUUUUGUUUUUUUUUUUGUUAAUUUUAUUGAAUUGUUAACCCUUUUUUUUUUUGCAUAAAAUUAAUAUUAAAUAAAGAGCUCCGGCUCCGAGCUGAGAGCUGAAAAUGUUGAAGA